AGACGAGAAAUUGCAUUAAAGAAAAAAGAAAAUAGAAGGAAAGAAAAUCUCAUCACCAACAGCACAAAAAGCCUUGAUUUAUUUUUUAUUUUAUUAGUUUUUUCUUUUUCUAAGGAGGGAGUGGUUUUGUAAAUCAGGAAAAUUAUAAUUCAGCACUCGGUCUUCUCUGUAUCAAAAAACUUUGUUUAGAGAAUUUUUAGUAGUAGAGAAGAGUAUUUUGGCUUCUCAGUUUCCUUCUACCCCCUAAUAGGCGAAGUUUGAUACAGAAAAUUCUGGGUUUUUUUUUUUUUUUUUUUUUUUUUUUUUCUGGUAAACCAUUUUGUCAGAUUCUGGGAAAAACCCCACCAGGGUUUGUUCUUAUCUGACGCCGAUAAUGAUUCUUUUUUUAUUAUCGCAAUCUGUAGUCCUAUCUUGACGUAAUCCAUCUGUUCAUCAUCGGAGAAAAGCCAGUAAAAAAACAGGGAAAAAAAAAAGGAAGCACCCGUAAAAUUCAACCGAACCUUUUCGGGUCAAAUUUGAUAGGAAACUGAAAGGUUUUCUACCAUCGAUUUGUUUUUUUAUUCCUAGUAGUACCUGAAAUCGGUUUUUGAUUUAUGGGUUUAAUCCGAAACUGACCAGGAGAAAUCGGGUUUUCAAUUUUUUUUUGGGGUGUAUCUUUUGAGUUUUGUUCCCUGAAUCUUAAAAACGCCGACUUUCGUAUAUUUGGGUGCCCGGGAAAUCAUCUGAACUCCGAUUCAUCGUGCCUAGGUUCGACGUUGAUCACAUGAAAAACGGAGUUUCAGUUUCUGGGUAUUCACUAAAAAGCGAUUUCUCGAUCUAAGCUGAGUCAAGAAUCCGAUCAAGUAACUCGGGAUUUUUGCAGUCAUGGCAACGAAAUCGGCGUCACUCGAUCACUGGAGGAAUUAUUUCCGCAGAGCAAACUCGGACAUAUUUGAUAUCAUCAAUCAGGCGAUCAUGGUGGCAGCUUUGGAUUGCCCCAAAGAAUUCAGAUUGAGGAGAGAUCGAAUCGCUGAGACGCUUUUUACCUGCAAAUUGACUCGCUGCACGGGCUGUGCCCGAGUCGAGCUGGCGGUUCCUGGAGAGGAAUACGAGGAUGAAACCGAUAGAGGCUGCAAGAGCAGCGGCUUGGAGAGGAGCAGUGGUGAUGGCGAUAAUGAUGAUGAUGGUGAUUAUGGGUUUGAAGAAGGUGGUAGCAAAGAGAGCAAGGCUAACAGUAGCAGAGGAGAUGAACUCGUCGACAUGAAUGUGAACCAGAAUGUUAGUAACUAUAGCUAUGGAGAAGCCGAGGCAUUGACUGAUGAGAUCGAAGAAGGGUCUCAGAUUGUUGGGGAAGUCUUGAGGAUCAAGGAGAUUCUUCUCAACAGAGAGGAUGAGUCUGAUUCAAUAUUGUUUGAAUCCUUGAGGAAGGUCCAGUUGAUGGCUUUAAGUGUUGAUACUCUUCAGGCAACUCAAAUUGGAAAGGCUGUUUAUGGCCUAAGGAAGCAUGGUUCGAAAGAGAUUCGUCAACUUGCACGUAAACUCGUCCUGGAGUGGAAAUACUUGGUAGAUGAGUGGGUUAAUUCUACAAAGCAUAUUUCACAAGGUGCAGAAGGUACUCCUGAUUCAGUGAAUCCUUCUGUUGUCGAUGAAGAAGAAGAAGAAGAAGGGCUUCCAUCCCCUCCUCUAGAUGAAGGAGCUUUCUUUGCCACUCCGACAACAGGAAUGGAGCUCUCGCAGUUCUUUGAGGGCAUGGACGAUGAUGGAAAUCCUCAGAAUGGUGGGGAAUUCUUGGAGAACCGUGAAAAUGAAAGAAAACCUUCACAAGAGAGGCCAAAAGUGGUAGAGCCGAAACGACAGACUCCUAGAGAAGCAAAUCUAGUUCCAAAGGACAACAGAAGUCAACAAAUGAAAAGACAAGAAGCACCUGUAAAGCCUAAUAACAACAAGCCUUUGACCACUAAUGCUGCACCAAGAAGACCUCCGAGACAAAGUAUCGAACAGAAGGUAGAUACUGAGUUGAAGUUUCAGCAAAAGCCUAACAAGGUAUCACCUCAAAAGAAGCCUCUGAAUGGUCAGAAAGAUAAACUCAAGUGUUCCGAUGAAGAUGCUGUUCGAGAGAAACUUGAAGUUACAAAGAGGAAACUUCAAGAGCGGUAUCAGGAAGCUGAGAAUGCCAAGAGGCAGCGGACUGUUCAGAUAAUGCAACUGGAGGACCUCCCUAAGCAGGGACUGGGCCACAAAAAUCCACACUUCAGGCAGGGCAACCACAACCGGCAUUGGGGAAACGGAAGGCGAUAGGUCCUGCAGAAGGGGAGACUGGAUUGAAUUGCCUUCCAAGUUUCACUUUCCCAGCUGGUUGUCAAUAACUCUCAGGUGUAUACGAUGACACCUUUGACACAAUUGAGCUUCAAAAAAAUAAAACUUUUUGAUUGCCCCAGAAGACCAUCUUAAAAUUUAAGAUGGAAAAGAAAAAAACACAGGAGAAAAAAGAAAAAAAAAAAAAAAAUUUGAUAAUUUCUGGUUCUGCAUUUCGGAAAAACAUUGAAGCAUAGGGACCUUUUGGUUUUCUUUAGCUGUUGGGUAGAAAAUAGGGGGGUGGAUCCUGGCUUAUGGAUCAGAAUUUAGUGAAUCAGAGUAAUUGGAAGUAGAGAUAGAGGAAUGCCUGAUUAAUUUAUGCCCCACCCAUUUUGCCAAACAAUGCCUAACAUUUAUUGGUUUUUCCCCUCUUGUUUAAGUCAAACACAUAAGCAGAGAACACCCCCCCGCCCCCCCCCCCCACCUCUUUGAUCUUUGGUAUAGAUGACUGCACAGGGACAGAGACUUCCGACUUAUAAUGUAAGUAUGAAUGUAAAAAAAAAAAAAAGUAUUUGCAGGAAAUAAUGUUCUUCUCUGAGA